AUCACCUCACAAAACGGCCCACCGGGUGAACAAAUCAAGCGCUUCAUGACGGCAGCUCAUGAACAACAGAACCUGUGCAUGUCGUGACCUAAAAACGUUACAUUUCAACGGGUUUUAACAUCCGUUCCUCUGGAAUACAGAGACGACUUUGAGGAAUAGGAUAUUAUUUUAUCGUCAAGGUAAAUCAACGGGUGAUGCAAGCAACUGAUGCCAACAAUUUGAUCACCUCCUCCUCCUUAAAUUAUAGGGAAACAGUUUGCCUCAUAAAUCUGCAACUCGUUUUUGUCAGUCAACCCGACAGCAACUGAUGGCAACCGGUGCCAAGAGACCAUCCCUGCAGGGUCCUGUGCCCCCUCCUCGCAAGAAGACGACUCCCAAACCGGAGCUGACCGAAGAGCAGAAGCAGGAGAUCCGGGAUGCCUUCGAGCUGUUUGACACCGAUGGAUCCGGAUACAUCGAUGUCAAGGAGCUCAAGGUUGCCAUGAGGGCUCUGGGGUUUGAACCGAAGAAAGAGGAGAUCAAGAAGAUGAUUGGAGACGUGGAUAAGGACGGCACAGGGAAGAUCUCUUUCGCUGACUUCCUCUCUGUCAUGACGCAGAAAAUGGCCGAGAAGGACUCCAAAGAGGAGAUCCUUAAAGCUUUCCGCCUAUUUGACGACGACGAGACGGGCAAGAUCUCAUUCAAGAACCUGAAGAGAGUUGCAAAGGAGCUGGGAGAGAACCUCACGGAUGAAGAGCUGCAGGAAAUGAUAGAUGAAGCAGACAGGGAUGGAGACGGAGAGGUGAACCAGCAGGAGUUCCUGCGCAUUAUGAAGAAAACUUGUCUGUACUGAGGGAAGUGAAUGACACCGGGAGGGGUCCAGUGGUGGUUUCUCUGCUCAUAUAUCGAAUGUACCGUUCCUUAUUGUGUUUUGGCUUUCAGUUCCACUCCCAAAGAAUCAAUCAAAUGUUUAACUGCACUAAUAGAAAGUUGUGUAAGACUUAAAUGUCAUCCUCUGAUUUACACGUUAAUCUACAUUCACCAGAAAACAAGAGAGCUCUCGUUUUCUUGCUUGGAAUUCUACAUAUUUUUCUGAAAAGAGCGUUGAUAAUAUUAAGGAUAAUAUGUAGGUUACUCAUUGUCAAGUAAUCUGUUUCUAUGUCCAUAUGGUGACACAUUACAUUCCAAUGCUUUGACAAUACAAUAUGCACAUUACAUCUGGUUUACACUGGUAACUUCAGUGUCUCAUGCUUAAAUAACCUCUGAUUGGAACCCGCUGUCUCUUAUAGCUUUGAUCAUCUAUGUAUCCCUCAGUGUAGAACUAUGUAUAAUAGACCAAAUACGCUGUAUUCUUGAGUGUUUUGUAAGAUGAAGUGAUUUUAAUGAGUAGAUAAACAGCAUAUACAUGUUUUAAAGUACAAAUUAAAUAUCUUGAAGCAG